GCCUUCCCUGCCCGCAGAAUUCCCACUAUGAACCCUGUGGAAAUGGCUGCCCUGCCACUUGUCAGAGUCCCUUGGCUCCAAAAACCUGUGAAGGUCCCUGCAUAGAAGGAUGUUUCUGUGACCCUGGAUUCAUUCUGAGUGGAGAUCAAUGCAUUCCCCUUGAGGAAUGUGGCUGUACGCACGAGGGCAGAUACUACAAGAAGGAAGAGGAGUUCUACCCUACCACCUCUUGUGAGGAGAAGUGUCACUGUACGGACAAUGGAGCAAUUGAAUGCCACCCAUUACCUUGCGGUGCUUAUGAGGUGUGCAGGUUGGAAAACGGGAUCCAAGGUUGCUAUCCUCUGGGAUAUGGAAUGACCACAGCUACCGGUGACCCUCAUCACAUUUCCUUCGAUGGGCGAACUUUUGAUUUCCAUGGCUCUUGCACUUACGUCCUAGCCAAAGUGUGCAGCAAGGAUCCCAGAUUAGUGCAAUUCUCAGUGUUGGUGGAGAAUGAGAAACUUGAACAGUGGCGCACAUCUACAAGAAAAGUUAUAAUCUCAGUGCAAGGAUAUUCCAUUCUCCUCGAAAGGGGAAUAAAGUGGAAGGCCAUGGUGAAUGGAGAGUAUUAUACAUUGCCAGUGAGCACCGUUGAUGGAAAACUUUGGAUCACACAAGAAGGAAACAACAUCAUUGUCCAGUCACCUUUUAUUCUCAAAGUCCUCUAUGAUGCUUCCUCACAUGUCCACCUCUCAGUUUCCAGCACGUAUCAUGAGCACCUGUGUGGCUUGGGUGGCAACUUCAAUGGUGACCUGAGUGAUGAUUUUAUGCUGUCUAACGGAAAUAUAGCUCAAAGCAUGGAUGAGUUGGGUGCUUCCUGGAGAGUUGCUGGGGACAGCGAUCAAUGCUCUGAUGGCUGUGGGGAGAACUGCCCUACCUGCAGCGCUAUCCAGACUGCACCCUACGGAACGGAAAGUUCUUGUGGAAUGAUCCGAUCCAAGACUGGUCCCUUUAAAGACUGCCACCGAUUGGUUAGCCCCUUUGACUACUUCCGAUUUUGCCUCCAUGACAUGUGUUUGGGCAAUGGUGCAGCAGAUACCUUGUGUCAAAGUCUUCAGGCCUACACGGUUGCUUGCCAGCUAGCUGGAGCCAAUGUUGGACCCUGGAGAAGACCCUCCUUCUGUUCUCUUCCCUGCCCAGCUCACAGUCAUUAUGAGUUGUGUACUCGAUCCUGCGACUUCACAUGUGCUGCUUUAUCUGCUCCAACCCACUGCACAGGAGAAUGUUUUGAAGGUUGCCAGUGCGACGAUGGCUACGCCUUUGAUGGGGAGGAAUGUGUGUCUAUGGAUAAGUGCGGAUGCGCUUAUGAAGGGCGUUACAUCAAAGGAUGAUGUCCUUUUCUGAAGGAGGGCCGGAUGUCAGCCUC